GGUACAGUAGUUUAGGCUUAGGCCUAGGCCUAGUUAGGCAUGCCUUGGUAAAAUUAGUCUAGGCCUAGGAGAGCUACUACUAGGCCUAGGCUAUAAGACAGACUUUGAAAACUAUAUAGAUGCCUGCCUGUUGUUGCCCUGUUUCCCACCCCUUGCCAGCCAUUGUUAUUUGUGAUGUGAGUCACUGAUCAGUCAGUAGUAGGCUACUACUAGGCCUAGGCCUAUCUCUCCUUGUUUGUAUCUUUUUAUUAUAUAGGAGCACUCUACAGGAGUGCGUUUUGCUUACCUAGACCGAGGUGCAACAUGUCAGGAAAGGAGAGAAUUCGAACUAAUCUCACACCAGAAUCCAUCAAAACCGUUGCAGAAUCAAUUGGCAUAUCACAAAUACCAGAAGAGGCAACAAAGGUUCUUGCUGAAGAUGUAUCAUUCAGACUCAAGCAGGUCAUUCAGGAGGCAGCAAAAUUUAUGGUACAUGGUAAACGCAAAAAGUUGUCAACUUCUGAUAUUGAUGCAGCUUUGCGGGUAAAAAAUGUAGAGCCUCUUUAUGGCUUUCAAGCUCCAGAGAGCAUUCCAUUUCGUUUUGCCAGUGGGGGUGGUAGAGAUUUGCAUUUCAUCGAGGAAAAGGAGAUUGAUCUUCAAGAUAUUAUUAGCACGCCAUUACCCAAGAUUCCUCUGGGUGUCAGUAUUAAAUCUCAUUGGUUAUGUAUUGAAGGAGUGCAGCCAGCAAUACCAGAAAACCCACCACCAGUUGGAAAAGACCAACAGAAGACUGAGAUCACAAAGAACAUCUUGAAUCGCAAACCGAAGGAAGAAGAGUCUGGUAAAUCAGGAAAGUUGGGCUUGACUGGUAAAAGCCUGGUUCCAGAUGUUAUCAAACUCAAGCCUGUGGUAACACAUGAACUUUCAGUGGAGCAACAACUUUACUACAAAGAAAUUACAGAAUCAUGCGUUGGUUCAUCUGAGAACAGGAGAUCAGUGAGUUUUUUUUUAUCUAAUUUAUUAUUUGAUUUUUUUAUUCUAUUAAUCCACAUAUGGCAGUAUAAGCUGAUAUGCACAGAAUUUAUCAUUGUUGUGGUAAGAACCGUUGUGAUUGUCAAGCUGCCUGCACUUGGUGAACGUGUGCAGAUGUCUGUAGAGGGCUCCAUGGUAACCAGCGUUGAUAAAGUGUCUGCAGAACAUCUAAAAAAUCUGAUAUUGAAACAUUGUGGCCCUAUUAUUAAAAUUUUACGUGACCAGCCAGACAUUCCUGAAGUGUACGAGAAAGACUAUGGCUACUUAGGCACCAGUCUGUGCGAGUACGUAACAAGGCUGCGUACACAACCGAAUGCACAGCCUCCCCCACCAGCCAGCUCUGGCAAUGUCAAGCCAUCAUUGUCACUUAUGUCAAGGCAAACAACAAUUAUAGCCACCUCUCCACGAACUCCAACAUCUUACAUACCAACCACGCCCACGUUAUUAACCACCCCAAGUCACCAACCAGGACCCAUUCACAGAACGUACUCCCUACCAAGUGGGGCUAGCCAAACCAAGAUGCUGUUGCUGAGUUCAACACCAAAGAGUGCAGCCCCUUUAUCUUCUACUCCUAAGCCAUUGAUCAGUCCUACAACACCAACGCAAAGUUUUGUAAAAGUUUUUAAUAAUCCGAAUACAACUCCGCAACGACCGGCAUCAACAAAGCCGCAAUUCAUUAUGUCUUCAACGCCAACAAGUGCUUUGCAAACGUCACCUAUGACAACUUCCUCUUCAGCUGCCACCAGUAUGCUGAUGUCUCUGGCACAAGCGGCAACGAUGCAGGUGGAGACAACAGACGUCAAGGAAGAGCCAAUGGAUUGAUGGCAGACAUCACGAAGAACCCAUAGGUUUGAUGACAGACAUCACAGAAGAAAUCAUGGAUUGAUGGCAGACAUCAAGAACCCAUAGAUUGGUGACAGACAUCAAGAACCUAUAGAUUGAUGACACCCACCACAGAAGAGUGCAUGUAUUGAUGAAAGACAUCAAGAACCCAUAGAUUGAUGACAGAAAUCACAGAAUUACUCAUGCAUUAGUGACAGAAAUCACAAAAGAGCUCAUGAAUUGAUGAUAGACAUCACAGAAGAGCUCAUGGUUUUAAUGAGAUCUCAAGUGAGGUUUUAGGUGUUUUAAUCUAAAUCAGCACUUAAUCCUAUGAGUUUGGCAAGAUUAGGCAUUAAUGUGACAUUUGGGAUGUUUAUUUAUAAAUUAUAUAUAUAAAAUAGCAAUUACAGCUGAACUUGCCUAAGUCGAAUCCAAAAUGCCAUUGAAAUAUUGUUCGACUUAGAUAGAAUUUGACUUACAGAUUGUUAAUUAAGGGACUUAAAUGCACAGUCGUCUUUGGCAAAUAUGACUUGGGCACAGUCAACUUUAGGCAAGUUUAACUGUAUAAACUUUGGCAUGUAAGGCCUAUGCACUCUCAUUGGUCAGUCCGCAUAGUCUCCGAUAGUCGCAUAGGCCCACGAAGAGGCCCUAAAUACCCCAAAAUAACAUGAGUGAACUAUUUUAAACCGGAUUCCUGGUUGCCUGUUAUUAAACUACAAAUUUAAACAAUAGUAAAACUGCUGAUACAACAAUGUAGGCAUAGAAUACAUGCAUACAUAUAACUUAAUGGGAAACUUAUUUCAUCAUGUAUGGAAUCAUGGAUAUUGAUUUUGUCAAUAAAUGAUGUUUCUGAAUAAUUCAUCGACAUUAUACGAGCAUUAGUAGUCAAGUUAUAUUUUUGUCGAAACCUCAAAGAAAAUUUUAAGGAAAAAAAAAAUAGCAUUUUGAUGUUCUAAAAAUGUUGUACGAUCAAUGACCUGUGGUUCAUUCAUUUAUUAUUUUUUUAACUUCUUAACACAAUGGAUUUGUGUUAAUAUUAAAAACAUAGAAAACUAGAAAAAUAAAUGUUGUGACCAGGGAAAAGAACUGGGCUUUAUAACUGCAAGGAAGAAGCGCAUUAUAAAUCCCCGUACCAGUUCAUAAUAAAGCUUUGUAUUUGUAUUGUAUUU